AUGAACAUCAUCUCAGUCAUCUUCGGAGGAAGAAGAAUCAUCAGGAGAAGAAAAAGAAGAAUCCCCGUCCACCGCAAGAUCUUCAUCCACGGCCUUGGGUGGGCUGCCACUAAUGAAACCCUAAUCGCUGCUCUCAAACCUUUUGGUGCCAUCGAGGAAUGCAAUGUCGUCACCGAUAAAACUACCGACCGUUCUAAAGGCUACGGUUUUGUCCUCUUCAAGAUGCGCGCCGCUGUGCGUAAGGCUUUGAAGGAGCCGCAGAAGAAUAUCAGAAAUCGGAUCGCCGCCUGCCAGUUAGCUUCCACUGGACCUGUUCAGAACCAGCCGGGUUCUGAGAUGAGUGCUCGAAAAUUGUAUGUGGCGAAUUUGCUGUGCUCUGUUGCUGUUGAAGGCCGCAGUACUAAGAAUAAUAAUAAUAAUAACGCUUCAGCAAGUCCAGCGCCUGUAAUGUGUAGGGCAUUGAUUUUGUUCAAGGAGUCAAGAGUAGUAUACUACCUCUUGGGAGAGGGAAUAUGUGGCUGUGGAGAGAAAAAUGGAGGCUUUGGCUGGAAGAGGGAGUGUGCGGCUGUGGAAUAA